UUAUCAGAUACCGAAAAUUCUGAAGAAAUAUUAAUUAAGCCAAUAACUGUAUGCACCACUACAUCUAAAAUAUCUGUAGAGUGGCAGGAUAACCAGACAAGUAAAUUUCAUAAUAUUUGGCUAAGGGAUCAUUGUAAAUGUCCAGAAUGUUAUCAUCAAGUUACCAGACAACGACUGCUGGAUACAUUUUUGAUCCCAGAAGACAUAAAGGCGAUGCAUACAUCACCUGGCUUAUAUGGGAUUGAAAUCAGAUGGAGUGACGAACAUACAAGUUUUUUUAAAUGGAGUUGGCUUAGAAGACACUCAUAUGAUCCUAAAUUUAUUGACUCUGAUAAAAAUUUAAAUGUGCAAACUUUAUGGGACGCAGGAAUCAAAGAUUGUCCGCCAAUCGUUCAAUAUAUUGAUGUUGUUAUGAACAAAAAAGAAGGAUUAGCAAGCUUGCUUAAGAAAAUUAAUAAAUUUGGUUUUUGCUUUGUUGAUGGUGUUCCACAUGCAGUUAAGGAAACUGAAGAAUUAGCAAAAAAAAUCUGUUUUAUUCGUGAAACACAUUAUGGCGGCUUUUGGGAUUUCACAGCAGAUUUAGAGUACGGAGAUACAGCAUAUACCAAUCUUCCUUUAAGAGCACAUACGGAUAAUACAUAUUUUACUGAUCCAUCAGGUCUUCAAAUGUUUCAUUUGCUAGAGUUUGAUGGAGAAGGCGGUUCUUCAUUGUUAGUGGACGGUUUUCAUGUAGCUCAUCAGUUAAAAAUGAAAUCACCCAUUGCCUACAAAACUCUUUCUACUAUUGCAAUCCCAACUCACUCUGCAGGCGAUCAAAAUACUUUAAUUCAACCAACUCCUAACGCAUAUCCAAUUUUAAAUCAUGAUCCUUUGUCGAACGAUUCUCUUUAUCAAAUCCGUUAUAAUAAUGAUGAUCGAUCGACAAUGAAUAAUUUGGAACCUGAUCAAGUUUUGGAAUUUUACGAUGCUCUAAGAAAAUGGAAUAGUUUAUUAAAAGAUGAAAGUAAUGAAUAUUGGUUUCAAUUAAAGCCAGGAAGAGUUGUUAUCUUUGAUAAUUGGAGAGUAUUGCAUGGUAGAGAUAAAUUUAGUGGGCAUAGAAGAUUGAUUGGAUGUUAUCUGAAUUGGGAUGAUUAUCAAAGUAGAUUAAAAACUUCACUUUUAAGUCGAGAAGAGAUUAUAGAAAGUUUGUAA